AUGGACAAGAAUUUGUUUCUCUGGUUGAUAUUCUCAGUAGUGUUGGUUAGUGUUGAAGCUGAACCAGUGGAAGAUAAACAAGCUUUACUUGAUUUUCUUCAUAACAUGAGUCAUUCUCCACAUGUCAAUUGGGAUGAGAAUUCUUCUGUGUGCCAAACAUGGAGAGGAGUUACCUGCAACGCUGAUCGGUCUCGAGUUAUAGCGAUUCGGUUACCUGGAGCUGGAUUAAGCGGUCCAAUCCCACCGAACACGCUCAGCCGCCUCGCGGCUCUUGAGACAGUGAGUCUUAGAUCAAAUGGUAUCACUGGUUUUUUCCCUGAUGGAUUCUCUGAGCUGAAAAACUUGACUAGUCUCUAUCUUCAAUCUAAUAAAUUUUCAGGACCAUUGCCAUUGGAUUUUUCUGUUUGGAAUAAUCUCACUGUUGUCAAUUUGUCCAACAAUUUCUUUAAUGGUAGCAUCCCUUUUUCGGUUUCGAAUCUGACUCAUCUAAGUUCACUAGUCCUUGCAAACAACUCUCUUUCUGGUGAGGUUCCCGAUAUUGAUAUUCAUAGCCUUCAAGAACUAAAUUUAGCAAACAAUAACCUUAGUGGUGUUGUGCCAAAAUCACUUCUUAGAUUUCCAAGUUGGGCUUUUUCGGGUAACAAUCUUACAUCGGUAAAUCAUUCACAUCCUCCGGCUUUGCCUAUGCAUCCACCUUAUACUUUUCCACCUAAGAAAACCAAAGAACUAAGUGAAACUGCAUUAUUAGGAAUCAUCAUCGGUGUUUGCGCACUUGGGUUCGCAGUGAUUGCGGUUGUCAUGGUUCUGUGCUGCUAUGACUUUGCUGCUGCGGGUGUAAAAGAAUCUGUGAAAUCUAAGAAAAAAGAUAUCUCUAUGAAAGCAGAAACUUCUGUAAGCCGAGAUAAAAACAAAAUAGUAUUUUUCGAGGAUUGCAAUCUCGCGUUCGAUCUAGAGGAUCUUUUGAGAGCUUCUGCUGAGAUUCUUGGAAAGGGUAGUUUUGGUACAACAUAUAAAGCUGCUUUAGAGGAUGCAAGCACUGUGGUGGUGAAGAGGUUGAAAGAGGUAACUGUUGGGAAAAAGGAUUUUGAACAACAGAUGGAAGUUGUAGGGAAACUUAAGCAUGAAAAUGUGGAUUCAAUAAGAGCUUAUUAUUAUUCAAAGGAUGAGAAACUAGUUGUAUCUGAUUAUUAUCAACAAGGAAGUGUUUCUUCCAUCUUACAUGGUAACCGAGGAGAAGGAAGAAUUUCGCUAGACUGGGAUAGCCGUUUAAGAAUCGCGAUUGGAACCUCAAGAGGCAUUGCUCACAUCCAUGUUCAACAAGGAGGGAAACUAGUUCAUGGAAACAUAAAAGCCUCGAACAUCUUCGUCAACGAACAAGGAUACGGUUGUGUAUCUGACAUCGGUUUAGCAACAUUGAUGAGUUCAAUACCUUCACCAGGGACAAGAGCAUCAGGAUACCGUGCGCCAGAAGUAACUGAUACACGUAAAGCAACGCAUUCGUCUGAUGUAUACAGUUUUGGUGUCCUGCUACUCGAGCUUCUAACUGGAAAAUCGCCUAUAUAUUCUGCAGAAGGCGAACAAAUUGUUCACUUGGUUAGGUGGGUGAAUUCGGUUGUGAGAGAGGAAUGGACUGCAGAGGUUUUCGACGUGGAGCUUUUGAGGUAUUCAAAUAUAGAAGAAGAAAUGGUGGAGAUGCUGCAGAUAGGGAUGGCUUGUGCUGCAAGAAUGCCAGAUCAGAGACCGAAAAUGUCUGAAGUGGUGAGAAUGAUGGAAGGGAUUCGUCCCGAAAAUCGACCAUCGUCUACGGAAUCUAGAUCAGAAGUUUCAACUCCAACUGUUUAUGCAACUUGA